AUGUCUGACAAGCGUGUCUGCCUUGCCUACUCUGGAGGUCUCGAUACCUCGACAAUUCUCAAGUGGCUCAUUCUCGAGGGCUACACCGUCGUCUGCUUCCUUGCAGAUGUCGGCCAGGACGAGGACUACGAGGCCGUCGAGAAGAAGGCUCUGGCCCUCGGCGCCGAGCGCAUGGUGAUUGACAACCUGCAGCAGGAAUUCGUCGACGAGUUCGUCUUCCGCGCCAUUCAGUGCAACGCCAUCUACGAAGACCGCUACCUGCUGGGCACCUCGCUUGCCCGUCCCUGUAUCGCUCGCGCUCAGGUUCGCGCCGCCAAGAAGUACAACUGCAGCAUUCUCAGCCACGGCUGCACUGGCAAGGGAAAUGACCAAGUCCGUUUCGAACUCGCCUGGAAGGCCUGCGACCCCUCCCUCUCCAUUAUUGCGCCCUGGAGAGAGCCCAAGUUCUUCGACCGCUUCCAGGGCCGUAAAGAUCUCCUCGACUUUGCCAAGGAGAACAACAUUCCUGUGUCCUCUACCCCCAAGGCUCCUUGGUCUAUGGAUGAGAACCUUGUCCACACUUCGUAUGAGUCUGGUAUCCUAGAGCGCGUUGAGCAGGCUCCUCCCAAGGAGCUGUGGAUGCGCACCGUCGAUCCCAUCGACGCUCCCAACACCCCCACCGAGUUCUCGAUUACCUUUGAAAAGGGUAUUCCCGUCAAGCUCGAGAUUGGCGGCGAGACCAUCACUGGCUCGCUGACCAUCUUCAAGAAGCUGAACGACAUUGGCCGUGACAACGGUGUCGGCCGUGUUGAUCUCGUCGAGUCCCGAUUCAUUGGCCUCAAGUCCCGUGGCUGUUACGACACCCCUGGUCUGACCAUCGCCCGCCUCGCCCAUAUCGAUCUCGAGGGUCUGGUCCUUGACUCCAAGGUCCGCACACUCCGUGACCGCAACGUCACCACCGAGUGGUCCCAGUGCCUAUACAACGGCAUGUACUUUAGCCCCGAGCGCGAGUUCCUGGAGAACUCGGUCAUUUACUCGCAAAAGGACGUCAACGGCACCGUCAACUUGAUGGCUUACAAGGGUAACGCCUACGUCACCAGCCGUUUCAGCGAGAGCAGCAACCUGUACUCGGAGACGGAAGCCUCCAUGGACUCGCUGGAGGGCUUCAGCCCCGAGGCCACUUCUGGUUUCAUCACUAUCCAGGCCAUCCGUCUGGAGAAGUACGGCGCGGCCAAGAUCAAGGCCGGCGAGCCCCUCGUUGGCAAGCAAUAA